GCUUGAUGAUGAUUACCUUUUUUGCCGUUUCAACAUCAGGAUCAAUUUUGAACAUCGUACGAUCAGUGAUAGUGAAUACAAGUGGGAGGUUGACUCUGGAUGGAUAUUAAAAGCUUUGACAGAAGAAGAGAUUUCAUUUUGUGAAUAAGUUUUGUCCAGUUUAGUUGAUAAUCUCAAGUGUUAUUAGUAAUUGACAACAAAUGGCCGAGAAAAAAUUAUCCGAUGAAUUUAAAGCUAUUGAACAAAAAUGGAAACCAAUGCCCAUCGAGGAAUCAAUCAAAAUGUACGAAAGCUGGAGCGAUAAAUAUGAUUCCGAUAUGGAUGUUUGGCAAUACGAUUCACCCAAAGGUACAGCGGUUCGCUUUUCCGAACUAAAUUUACCCAAAGAUAUCAAUAUUCUUGAUUGUGGAGCUGGAACUGGAUUAUUGGCAAUUUAUUUAAAACAAUUUGGUUAUCAAAACAUUGAUGCUCUUGAUGGUUGUGAAAAGAUGCUUGAAAAGGCCAGAGAAAAAAAUUUGUACAGUCGAUAUUUUGUCUCAUUUGUGGGUCCAACCAUUCAACUGCCAUUCUUGAGUGAUACUUAUGAUGCUCUGGUUAUGUGUGGAGUCUUUACCCCUGGACAUUUCCCUGUGCAAGUAGGGACUUUUGAACAGCUUCUUCGAGUUGUUAAAAAAGGUGGUAUCUUAUCAUGGGGAAUGGCAGAUCCUGAACAUUAUGCUGAUCGAGACCCUGCUUAUGCCAAUGAUGGUUUCAAUAAGUUGAUUGAACAACUUAAAUCUAAAAAUUUGAUUGAAGUUGUUAAAGACCAUCCAAAAGAACUGCCAUCAGUUCAACCCAAGAAACGAUAUUUUUGGGCUGUUCGUAAACUUUGAUGAUUUAAUUGUUAAAUUGAGCUUUGCAUUAAAAAAGCUCAACCUGAUAGUUUAUUAAAGUUACAUUUCAAUGGUUAAAUCGCUAAA